UUUCCAUUUUGGUUGCUUUUUUCAUUGAGAUUAUUUCAGAAACCAAAUAUAUGUAAAUAUUAUCAAAUAUCUAUAAAUCGUUUAACUGACCGUUUAUUCUGUGAGCCAGUACUAGAAUAAUAAUACCACUCUAGGAAGAGGAAUUAUAAGUAUUGGAAGAAAUUGAUUAAUAGUAAGGCCUUUUUGAAUCGGAUAGACGAAUUUAGUAAAGUUUUUAUAUGGAAUUUACCUGAAACCCGCGGCUGCUUGGAGCUAGCUCGAAGAUUCAUAGUUCUUAAAAUAAGCUGGUCCUAAUUCAUUUGUUUGAUGUGAUACCCUCUGACAAUUAGCCAACCUUACUCUUUCUUUAUACAAGUAUUUCUUCUUAGAGCUAGAGCCAAAGCUACUACGAGCAAACAAUUGCAGCCAAUUUAUUAGAAGCAAAAGAGACGAACAUGGAGGACGAAGAAUUCAAUUCCCUUAAUGAUUCUUAUUCUUAUCCUGAACUAUUCUCCCCAGAACUCGAAGAUCUUGAGUCUUGUGUAUUAAAUUUUGAAAGAGAACCUUCUUUGGAAAGCAGCAAUACGACAUCUCCAGAACAAUCGUUAUCACCAACAAAUAGCUUUAACUCCAAUCAAUAUUAUCGACCCAGCUAUAGUCGUCGGAAUUCUCAGUUUUCUCCAAGAUGUUGGAAAUUGCUUAUUGGAUUGAUUCAGGAAACAAUGGAAAAAUCAGGCUUAAGUUUUGAAGAUGCAAAAGUAAUCCUUGAGAAAUCACGGCGUGUGCCAAGAAUAUUUGAGAAUAUAAUUGUUCGAUUUCGUGUUGAAAUACCAGGAAUAACAAGGAGGACUCUACAUCGCCAUCUUCGGGGAUACUUUCGAGUACCUGGGUUUUUUCAAUUUGGCUAUGUUGAUUCAAAUAGAUCUGGAGCUUGGGGUGUCAAAGAGGCAGAAUUGAUUGAAGCUAAAAUAAACUAUUUCCAAGAGGAGAAAAAUAUUUCACAGCAAGAGUUUUGUGAACUGAUAUGGGCUACCGAUUAUUCAAUGGAAAUCGAUCAGCUUUAUAAUUCGAUAGUUAAUGAACUUGAAAGAGAUAAAAAGAGUGUUCAAAGCUUUGUUCGCAGGAAAUAUUACCCAUUUUUGCAUAGAAACUCAUGGACUAUAGAAGAAGAAGACCAAUUGCAAAGUCUUGUUGAUACCUAUGGAACUUCUUGGUCUAAAAUUGGUCAAAUCUUAAAUCGACUUCCUAUGCAAUGCCGAGAUCACUGGCGAGAUUAUAUUCAAUGUGGAGUCAUUCUUCGUUCCCCUUGGACGGAGGAUGAGUCGAAAAAACUCUUAUCUUUAGUAUGUGAAUUCAAACACCAGUUUCCCCUUUUACCAGUUCAGUGGGAAACCAUCGCCAAGAAGCUCAAAAAUCGACAUAGGCAUCAUUGCAAGUUAAGAUUUUAUUCCCUUCUCAACAGUACUUCCAAUAAAGAGCUCUUGUUUUAUCCAGGUGAUAAUUUAUGGAUGAUACAAAGGAUCAAAGAGAUGAGCAUUGAAAAAGAAGAAAUGAUAGACUGGAUUCAAAUAUCAGAUCUAGCAGGCCGGUUUUGGACUUCUAAAGCUUGUGAAAAGCAAUUUGAAAAAAUAAAAAAAAGCUUAAUGGUGAAUGAUGAGAGUACUUUUCCUGUUUUGAUUCAGAAAUUGUUUGAUGUGUUUCAUUGCGUUGGGUCUGAGAACUUACAGUCUAGUCUAUACAUGAAUCAGGAUCCUCCUUUUACUGGAUCAUCUAAUGCUUAAGACUGGGCCCAUGUUCCUUGGCAAUUAUAAUCUGUUCGCUUGCUUCAGAAUGAUCAGAGAACGAAAAAAGAAAUAGAAGAUAGAUGUUUUUGAACAGUUUUGCUAUUAUUAUAAAAUC